GCAAACCUCUAUCAAUUCUGGAGAGUGCGGACUGGCAAACCUUCUCCUCUGCAGCACAUGAAGGAAGUUGCUGCUUUUUUUCUCAUCAGAACCUACCCACGCUCACAGUUAUUUACGGCACUUUUAGUGACACCUCCUUAAGACAUUUUGACACCUCUUCAAAAUGCAGGGUUACCCUGAGUUUUUUGUUCCACAGUAACGGCGGUGAUGUGACCUGUCAUAAUGUGCUGUAUGACAACAACAUAUGUUUGUAACCUUAUUAUACUUUCUUUUAUUUUUUACACCUUUGUAAAAAAAUGGUAAUGGAUGUGACCAAUAAAAACAGCAGAAUUGUAUGUUAAUGUACAAUUUAAUACUUUAAUACUGCACGGUACUGUAUUGCAUUGUUUCUGCAAUCUGCUUGAGAGACUGAUAUCGUAACACAUUUUAUGCUGAUCUCCUCCAGUCUGUCCAUAAUGAUGGAAAUGAGGAAAUGACAUGUUUUAGAUUUUUGGUGAAGAUAAGCAUUUCUUUGUGUAUAAUUUACCAGGUAUAUGUGAACCUAUAGGUUAAUUAGCUCAGUUGUUAUCAAGGGUGGACAAGGAGGAGAUGAUGACGGAUGAUGAUAACAAUCUGUGUGUGACAAAGUGAGUCAGAAGAAGAGCCUGACUAUUAUUAAGAUGGAAAAGUAACAGGAAGUGGCAGUGAUAUUUAUAGUUUUUUUGAUUCAAAAUGUAUUUGUGUGUAAAAGGAAAGAGAGAGAAAUAGUGCUGUAGUAAUGUAUGAUACUGUGUGUUUUUUGCGUGUGCUUGUGUACAUACACUCACCGGCCACUUCAUUAGGUGACAGGAGUGGCACCCGGUGUGGUCUUCUGCUGCUGUAGCCCAUCUGCUUAAAGGUUUGACGUGGUUUGCAUUGAGACAUGCUCUUCUGCAUACCUCGGUUGUAACGAGUGGUUAUUUGAGUUACAGUUGCCUUUCAAUCAGCUCGAACCAGUCUGGCCAUUCUCCUCUGACCUCUGCCAUCAACAAGGCAUGUUCGCCCAUAGAACUGCUGCUCACUGGAUAUUUUCUCUUUUUCUGACCAUUCUCUGUAAACCCUAGAGAUGGUUGUGCGUGAAAAUCCCAGUAGAUCAGCAGUUUCUGAAAUACUCAAACCAGCCUGUCUGGCACCAACAACCAUGCCACGUUAAAAGUCACUUAAAUCACCUUUCUUCCCCAUUCUGAUGCUUGGUUUGAACUUCAGCAGAUUGCCUUGACCAUGUCUACAUGCCUAAGUGCAUUGAGUUGCUGCCACGUGAUUGGCUGAUUAGAUAUUUGUGUUAACGGGUGCAGUUUGCAGUUGAACAGUUGUACCUAAUGAUGUGGCCGGUGAGUGUGUAUGUGUGUAGAGAGAUUUUGUGUGUGUGUGUGUGUGUGUGUGUGUGUGUGUUUGUGAGUGUAAGACAGAGAGAGAGGGAAGGGCUAAGCUGUGGUUAGCUGAGUGACUGCGAGAGGAAGAUGACUCCAGCGGGGCCCGUGCGUCUGAGACUCAGAGACUCACGGCUGUGCACUGAGCGCUCACGACGGCGCGGAGACAUGUCCCAUCUCACUGUCCUCCUCUGCUGUCUCAUCCUGUCCUUCCUGUCCUCCUGCGGCAAUAAUGAGGCCUUAACUGUGACCCAGUCCCCUCCCAGUAUAACUGUGAAGGAGGGUGAGAUGGCUCAAAUGCUGUGCUGCUGGGGGGGGACUCCCAAUAUCGAGCGUGUGCGAGUGCGAUGGAACAAGACUAACACAUCUAGUGAUAUAAUAAAUACUUUGCAUGAGAAAGACAAUGCAACCUGUGAAAGGAAGGAUAAAUACAGUUCUUGUAUUUCUGGAAACUGUUCCGAGUUUAAUAUUUCAAAUGUAUCUACAAACGAUACAGGUGUAUACUUCUGUAAUAUCCAUAUCGAAAUUCCCAUACAUAAAGAAGGCCAGGGGUCUGGAACUCAACUAACAGUGAAUAGGAUUAACAAUUCAUCCGAAGCAGCGGAGGCAGCCGGUGACAGCGUGAUGGAGGCUGUAAUUUUCAUCUUGCGAUGUCUGCCUUUUCUCACCCUCCUGAUGGCCGUGUUCUACCGGUGCAGGACUGAGACUAAAGCUCCAGCUCCAGAGAACAAGGUUCAGGAAGGUUCUGUAAAAGAGGAUGAAGAGGAAGACGAAGCUCUGAAUGAGUCUUCCACUUUGCUCCUGGAGGCCGCAGCACCUGCAGAUGCUGAGGUGGCAGACGGAAAUAUUGGGGUUUCCUGCUCCGCUCCUUCCUCGGAUGUCCCAAACCAAGACUGAAGAGUGUGGAGAAUUACCGUGGCAACAUACAUUGAUCCAGGUAUGAAAUGUAAGUCACUGAUUUCACAGAUUGGGCUGUGUUAUCAGUGACUUACUCUUCAUACAUGGGUCAGAUAAUGAGUUGACUGCCAGUAAGAAAAAUCUUUCAGAUUACUCAAAUUUUUUUUACAAUAAGCCUUUCAUUAUGAAACAUUCAGAACACAAUUCUUACUUCAUGUACCAUUUUGUUAUGAUUUCUUUUGGCAGUCACUUUGGGUUAGGGACAUGUUUGGCUCAAAAUCCUCAGGGAUCUGCAGAAUAUUUUCAAAUUUUACCAGCAUCUGAAGCGUUAAUGUAUAUUAAUAGCGUAUUUGUAAAUCAAGCUCAUUGCUGCAAACCUCCUCUAUCAAUUCUGGAGAGUGCGGACUGGCAAACGUUCUCCUCUGCAGCACAUGAAGGAAGUUGCUGCUUUUUUUCUCAUCAGAACCUACCCACGCUCACAGUUAUUUACGGCACUUUUAGUGACACCUCCUUAGGACAUUUUGACACCUCUUCAAAAUGCAGGGUUACCCUGAGUUUUUUGUUCCACAGUAAUGGCUGUGAUGUGACCUGUUUAAUGUGCUGUAUGACAACAGCAUAUGUUUGUAACCGUAUUACACUUUCUUUUAUUUUUUACACCUUUGUAAAAAAAUUGUAAUGGAUGUGACCAAUAAAAACAGCAGAAUUGUA